AUGAAAAAUAUUUUUAGUUAUUUCUAUGGAUCAUCUGAUAGCAAAAAUAAUGAGGUUAAAGAUCCGAAGAUUGAUUAAUAAUUCGAAACAUUUCUCUUUGAAUUUACUUCGAAUGAAUAUUUCCCUUUAUAUGAGAAAUGGACAAAAGGUGAAGAACAAGAGUACAUAGGUCUUUAGUUAUUCAUAAUUUUAGAUUUCAAGUUGCAGGACAUAGAGGACAUUUAUUUAAAUAACUAUGACUAACAGCUGAAAUUUUAAUAGGAGGAGACAAACCUAGUAGAUUAUGUUGUGUAAGAAGAUGACACUCUAUUCGGAUUGGAAUUGAAAUUUAAUAUUAAUUAGAACAGAAUUUUAAAAUUAAAUGACAUUUCCCCAGAGUGCUUUGUUCCUGGCAUGAAGAUUAAAAUUCCUUCAGUGCAACAAGAACAAAGUUAAGGAUUCAUUUAGGAAGGUGAAACUAAUGACUUGUAAUUUAAUUAGUCGUCCUUUUAUGGGAGAAACUUGAUGGAUGAAAUCAUGUCGAAAGGAUAAACAAAAAAAUUCAAUGUUUAUUAUGUGACUAAUUAUGGUUGUAUAGAAGGAGUUUUAACUGUGAAUAGUGAUGUCAUAUUAUUUGAUCCUAGUUUCGUUGAUAGAAAUAAAGAAUUAGUUUAAAAAUGCCAUAAAUAAAGCAUCCUCAAUUUUUAAGCAUGUCUUAUGACUGAAGAUGUGAUAUCAGUUGAUUUAAAUGAACUACCAAUGAGAAUAGCAAAAUCAAGUUCCAAAUGCUUUAAAGACUAUUUAGUGAUGGUGCAUAUAAGUGCAAAUGUAUCCUGUAAAAAAUUGCUUGAAGUUUUGCCCAUUCUGACUUUCAGAAUACAAAAUGAUGAUGAUUAAAAAGAGUUUAAAGUUCAAAGCAUUGAUUUGUGUGAAACCUUGGCUGAUGUUGUCAAAACGAAAUCAGAACGAAUGCUUGAUGAAUAGAAGAAGAAGGAACAAGAUUUAACAAUUAUCCCUUUUUAUGAUAUUUAAGAUGCAACUUUGACUGAGAAAUUAAUAGAGAGGACCAAUCAACUCUGGGGAGGGUAGGAUUUCAUUCCAUAAAUGGUUUCGGAUUCUUAGAUCUUGGAUGGUGAUGAAAUGAUUUAAAUAAUUGCAUGUGUUCCAUCGAUUUAUAAGACAUCUAAUUGGAAAUUAAUCUUUUCAAAUGUAAUACAUGGUUCAUCUUAUUUGACAUUGCUAAAUAAUUGUGAAAACCAUUCUCCAUUAAUUUUAGCAGUCAAAGAUUUCAAUGAAUGCAAGUUCGGAGCCUUUUUAAAUGAGUCACCACAAUUAACCUUUGGGAAAUUUUUUGGAAAUGGAGAAACAUUUCUUUGGACUUUUAAGAAUGAUUUCAAAACUUACAAUUGGACAGAAGCAAAUAAUUACUUUAUAUUCUGUGAGUCCGAUGGAUUGGCAGUUGGAUGUGGAGAAAAGUUCGGUUUGUACAUCAAUCAUUCUCUGAUGCAUGGGAACACCAAUUAAUGUGAGACCUAUAAAAACGAAAUCUUAUCAACUUCUAACGAUUUUAGUAUAUAAAUACUUGAAGUCUGGGGAUUAAGUGAAUAAUGA